AUGUAUGCGAACACUGUAGCUAUGGACAUGCACACGCGUAAACUCUACUUUGGUCACGAGGAGGAUCGCGACAAGGGUCCUAGUGCCAACUCCGAUGACCUUGAGGAGCGAAUCGCAGCCCGUCGAUUACGAAUCUCAGAGAGAGUGGCCUCUUUACGUCCUGACUACUUCGACGAAAAGGCGUCAAUCGAUGAGGAAGCGGCUGUGACAGCUACCUCAAAUCCAUUAGCUAAUGCGCAGGUGGCACUAAGCGCACAGCGAAUCGUCAACCUCUGUCGCAAUGGCAAUGCCUUUAUCACCAAUCUCAAGGUGGCCUGUGACGCACGUGAAAAUCUACGUCGGGUGGAAGAAGAGGAGCUUGACAAUGUUAGGCAGGCUAAGUUUGAUGCAGAACAAAAAGCAACGACAAAGUUGUUUGAGGAAGUUGAAGAGAAAUGGGAGGAGGCAAAAACAACAAAAGGCGCCCACGAGUUGCACGACAUUUUUGAGGAGUUAAAGACCAACUGCGCCAAAAUUAUUGACGAGAAAAACAAACUGAUCUAUGACAUCCAUUUGGAGUUAAAAGCCAAGGACGAUCAUUUUGUGAAGGAGCUCAGAAAACGAACGGAAGAUGUGGAUAUCAUGGUGGAGCGAAUGGAAUCGCAAAUGAAGUCAAUGCAACGCGCCUAUGACUUCGAGUUGAAGGAAAUUGAGAAAGCAUUUCUGCAAGAUCGCGAGGAUCUACUGAGAGAGCAGACAACCGAUUGGGAGGAUUUUAUGAGAGAAUUGAGGAAGAAGCAGGAGGAUUACCUGGAGGAACGAAAAAAUCGGAUUACUGAACUAGAGGAGUUGAUUCAAAAGUUGCGAAUCAAUCACACCGAGGAGUUCAAUGCUCUCAAGCUGCGUUUAACAACGGAAGUUCAGAACAUGGAAACAGACCUUCAGCAGAUGAAAGCGAUGUAUCAGUUAAAUUUGGAGAAGCUGGAAUACAACUUUCAAGUUCUGAAGAGACGAGAUGAGGAGAAUACGUUUACACGAUCUCAGCAGAAGCGAAAAAUUACGCAGUUGCAAGAUCAACUAAACCGCCUCCGUGUUUUUUCCAAGAAACAGGAAGAAUCUCUCCGACACGAGAAUCUGGUUCUCUCGGAUGAUUACAAAAAAAUGAUGGAGGCUUUCAGAGACCUCCAAAAGAAGUCGAAGUCACUGAUAAAAUUCGAGGAACAGAAUUUUCGCGAUGUUUGGAAUAUGAAUGAGGAUGAGUUGAGGAAAGACGCCGAAAAGUUAAUGGCUGCCGACAAAGUUAUCAUGGAGCAGCAAUUGGGACUCACAUGGACUCCACCCGAAGUCCCCUUUAUGAACAACAGUGGGCCAAUUUCACUGGCGGAAAAGGAAAGGCGUACCACCUCUAUCGCGGCACGAGCUCUACAACUUCCCACUUACAAGAGUCGAUCAGUCAAUAUCAGAAAGUUACCAAAAUGUCGUUUGCCACAGACUCUCAAAGAAGCACCAAAGGAAAUUGUCGGCCAAUUUUUGACAAUGCUUGCUUUUGAACCCGAAUUUCUGAUAGAAGUAAAGGUGAAAAAGUUGCUCAAAGAUCUGCCAUUUGAUGACCAGAAACUCAUUCGGCUGGAUGCGGUCCUCAACGUGUUGAAGGUGAAUAGCGAAGAACUGUUAGACAAACUUUUCACCUACUUCAUUCUGCCUUGUGAUAGCCGCAGGCCACAACCUUUAACCAUGUCGCCGCCUGUGUCAGCUGCUUUUGGGCAAGAUAUGCAGCCAGACGGUGAGAAAAGUGAGCCACAGGAGUGUGAGUCGCAGAGUACAACACCGCCGGAGAGUCUCGCGCAAACCGAGGCACCCACCUUCAACGAGGAAGUGGAAUUUAGUGCUAUCCGCCUCAUAGACCCAAUCGAUGUGCCGCAGGUAUUGCAUCGCUUUGCUGUGGAGAACUGCGUACACGCCACCGUGGCCGCUUUUGAACGCGCGAUGGAAAACACCGCCCCUGUCACUACCAGCUCACCUGAAGACGUUGUUAACGAGGCUGAGGAAAAGGAUGGUGCUACUAAGGCCACACAUCGAAUUAGUGCACGUCAGCAGGAUCUCCUAGACAUGGAAAUGGAUCGGGAGCAUUGGUACAAAUAUUUAAAUACCUUUGCACCGGAUGAAAAGAGACGAAUGUGGGCAGGACUGAAACAGACGCUACAGCGCUACCUCACCAUCUUACAAGCGCGAUCAAGGCUCAUUGUUGAAAAUGAAGCGCUUCGAAGUCAAAAUAUUGAGCUGCGUCAUUUAUUGCAACUGUAUUCGCAGUCGCAGUGGAGCCCAUGGAUGCAACAAAAAGACUUAGAACUCUAUAAAGGUAGAAAAGUACUCUAUUCUUCUAAUGAACGAAAAGAGGAGUUGUCUCAAUAUAUCAAAUCGCCUAUCGUUAAAGGAAUAAACCCACUCAUCCAUUUUGUUGUAUACGAGUCAAAUCUUGAGAUCAAAAUUUUGAUUGGCUGCAAAGUUGGUGGAAUAGCCUGGCUGACUUCGGAUUCCAAGAUGACGGAUGCAGGCUUUUUCAAGGGCACGAAUACCGAUCAGGAUUCUAGAUUUGCCGACAAAAAGAAAAAACUUUUAAAAAGCAUGAAAUUUGGUGACAACUUAAAUGAAAAAGUCGAUACACAAAGAGUUAACGUCGACUCAAUUAAACCCUGGAUCGUUAAGCGCAUUACAGAGCUUCUCUCCUACGAGGACGAUAUUGUCUGCGAUUUCGUCGUAAAUAUGCUCUCAGAGCAGUUUCCUGACCCCAAGGACAUUCAAAUUAAUCUCACAGCUUUUCUGGGCAGCAAGAGUGCACGGAUCUUCGUCACAGAGCUCUGGGAUCUGCUUCUUUCCGCCAUGAACACGACUGGCGGCGUCCCUGCCAUCCUCUUAGAAGCCAGGAAGGCCGAAAUUCUCGGUAGUAAGGCCCAAGAAGAGAGAUUCCGAGCGGAGCAGGCCUCGAGACAAUCAGAAGGAGGAAGUGCAGGUAGCGGAGGCGGAAUGGUUAAUCGACCGAGAGAACGUGGCGACGGACCUUCUCCCAACCAUCCCACCUCACCCAUCGCUGCUAAUCAACGUCAUCGGUCUCCACCGUCCCCGCCACGCGGUGAGAGAAAGGAGGUCGACUCCCGUGGCAGGAACCGUCACCGCUACUCAUCUUCGCCCGAUUCCGAACGCGAGCGAAGUCGCAGCAGACGUCGACGCAGGGAGGAAGAAGAGGCAGAGGCCGAAGCCGCGGAACAGAGUGAUUGGGAUCGGAGGAGACGACGUCACCGUCGCAGUUACUCUAGAUCGCCCUCUAGUCAUCGACGUGACUACCAUCGCCACCACCAUCGUCGUGGACAUCGAAGUCCAAGGGAUCGUCGCUAUGAGGAGAUGGAAGUGGAGGCGGACAUCCGCUCCUUCCACGAGCGCCGUCGACCUCGCUUAAGUUCAAGGGAAGGGAGAAGGCCAAGGGAAGAGGAGAGGGAGAGGGUCGUUCACAACGCUGACGGUCCAAUCUGCGUGCCCCGUGCAGGCACACCUUCUCCACCGCCUCCGCCAUCCCAGCGUCAACAGUCUUCGCCUUUGACCGACGCUAAAGUCAACGGUGGGAAGACCGACGCUGAGGAAAGUGUAGAAAGGUCCCAUCGCGGUGGAAAGUCACCUCGUCGAGGUGUCACGAGGUCACCUCCUCGUGAAGACAGGUCUCGACGCACGGAUGAAGUCUAUCGUGAAGAGAGAAGGCCUCGCGAUUUGGACACGGAUAAACGAGCUUAUAAGGAGAGGUCCUCUUGGCGGCGAGACGAUUCCUACGAGAGACGUCGGAGCGGUCGUCUGACCAUGGAAAAUGAGACAUACGUAGAGGAGCACCGUCGACACGAUAAUCACGAGGAACUGGAAGAUCGUACCAAAUUACGACAACGUCGAGAUAAAAAGCCGGUAGAGGAGAGAGAGGAAUUGGAGCAACACCAACAAAGGCUAAUGCCCUCUACUUCCUCGUCCAGCCGUCGCAGUCCCGAGGGACCCACCCUUCCACCAGGUGAAAGGGGUGGGAGAAAGGACAGGAGGGAACGAGAAGAUGCUCCUCAAGCUUCUCCAGAGGGUCCGGAGCUUCCAAAAGGCCUAGCAAAGCAGCGAAAGGAAAAAGAGGAAGAAAAAGUGGAGAAGGUGCAAAAGAAGACCAAGAAGCGACGAGACUCUUCGUCGUCGUCAUCAUCAUCAUCGUCGUCAACAUCCUCCUCGUCGUCUUCCUCAGAGUCUAGCUCAGAUGAAGAGGAGUCAUCAGAUUCAAGUUCUUCUGACUCGGACAGUAGCAGCAACGAAAGUGACAGUAGCAGCAGCUCCUCUUCGUCAUCUGACGAUUCGGACGUUCGCAGGAAAGGGAAGAAAGGGAAGAAUUCAAAAGCUCACGGAAAAAAGGGCAAGUCCACGAAGAGGCGGAAGAUGCGUAAGCUCAAAGCGAAGGAGAAGUCGAUGAAGAAAAAGAAGCGAGAGAUGCAAAUGCUGAAGGAGAGUACGAAGAAGAACAAGAGGGAGCCUCAACAGCUACUGUCUCCUGAAGGUCCAAAACUUCCACCACCCGCUGGCGAACUUGAAAGUCCUGGUGUGGAAUGGAAAGAAAAGCGAAGGGAAGGUGACGUCAAUGAAGCCCCAUCUUCUACUUCCUCAUCAUCUAGUGAGGAGUCCUACAGCGAUUCAUCCUCAAGCUCGUCUUCGUCGUCAACGAGUUCCAGUUCUGAGGAGAAGCGUGAGAAGUGGAGGAAAGGACUUUCGAAACACGCUCCCCGUGACGAUGAUGCUGUUGAAGGAGAUAAAGAACGCGGACGCAAACGACAUAACGACGUGAAUGUUACUGAAAGUCGUGGCGACGGUGGCAAACGUCGAAGACGUACCGGAGAUGCCGAUGUCACCGAAGGAAGGGACAAGGAAGAGGAGGAGGAUGAGGACGGGUUGAGCAGGCGUCGUGGAAGCAGUAGUCGAAGCGAAGAGGAUCGUCUGCGACGCAGAGCGUUGGAGUCGUUGAAGCGGAAGAACGCCGCUGCUGAGGCCUCGCGUCUAAUGGAUUCAGCUUAA